AUGUCGCUCGCUAAAGCUCCUUCGCUCAAGACGAGCUUCAAGGCGACCCGCACUAUCGAGCCGAUUUACACUGGUGGCAAGGUUGCGCUCGCUGUUGAUGGUAGAACAUUGGCGACGACCCUGGGAGAGGAUGUGCAGAUUACGGAUAUGACGACUGGAGAGAGGGUUGCGGAGAUCAAGGGAGACUCGGAUAUUACAACGCUUACUGUUACUCCCGACGGCGCACACCUCUUGACCUGCUCGAGAUCACUACAAUUGAAGACAUACGAAUUGCCUAGCGGAAGGCUGAUCCGGAGUACCAAGGCGCACGAAGCCCCUGUCAUCGUCAUGGACGCCGAUCCGACAUCGACCCUCGUCGCGACUGGUGGUGCGGAAGGUGCAGUAAAGGUCUGGGACGUUGACGGAGGAUUCGUCACUCACCACUUCAAGGGUCACGGUGGUGUUGUUUCAGCUUUGAAGUUCUGGGGUGAGAAGGGCGGUGGAAAAUGGUACUUGGCGACAGGUUCGGACGACUGCAAAGUUAGAGUAUGGGACUUGGUGAAGAGAACCUGUAUCGCAGUGUUGGACAGCCAUGUGUCCGUUAUCCGUGGAUUGGACUUUUCGGAGGAUGGCAAGACCCUGAUCUCUGGUUCAAGAGAUAAGGUUGUGAAUGUGUGGGAUAUGAAGACUUUCAAGCUCAUCAAGACCAUUCCGACGUAUGAGUCCUUGGAGACGGUUGGAUAUCUGUCGGCAGGCACGCUCACGGAGGAUCCCAAGGAGCAGGUUAUCUACACCGGCGGUGAGAAUGGUGUCGUAAGACUGUGGUCGGCAAAGACUGGUCAGGAGGUCGGCAAAGCGUCCACCCCACCCCGACCCGAGAUCGGCAUUUCAGACAUCAUCUACCACCCCACAACCCAGCUCUUCCUCUCCGUCCUCACCGACGAAAACCUCAUCAUCCACUCCACCUCCGACAAGACCCUCCCAGUCCUGAAGCGCAUCGCGGGACACCACGACGAAGUCAUCGACUGUACCUACCUCGGCGAGAACGACACCCACCUCGCCAUCGCCACCAACAGCGACGAAGUUCGUAUCAUCAAUACCGACGGCUUUGAUACUGGCGCAUUACACGGACACAAAGAUAUCGUUAUCUGUUUGGAUAGGGAUUUCGAGGGUGGAUGGUUGGCGACUGGAGCGAAGGAUAAUGAAGCGAGAUUAUGGCGGAUCGAUCUGAAUAACCCUUAUCCGGAGAAAAGGUUUGAAUGUUUUGCGACGUUUACGGGUCAUGCUGAGUCGAUUGGUGCGAUUGCGCUGCCACGAACACCCACGAACGGAGCGCCGCCCAAGUUCUUGUUGACUGGAUCUCAGGACCGGACGAUUAAGAGAUGGGAGGUACCACGUACCGCUGGGGCUAAGCCCAGGGCGCUGUAUACCCAGAAAGCACACGACAAAGAUAUCAACGCCAUUGACGUCUCUCCUAAUGACGCCCUAUUCGCCACCGCAUCCCAAGACCGCACCGUCAAGAUCUGGUCUCUGGACGAUGGAGAGCCCGUCGGUGUCCUCCGCGGCCACAAGCGCGGUGUCUGGUCCGUGAAGUUCUCUCACCAUGAGAAAGUCAUCGCUACUGGUUCCGGAGACAGGACUUUGAAGUUGUGGAGUUUGAAUGAUUACAGUUGUUUGAGGACGUUUGAGGGACACACGAACUCUGUCCUCAAGGUUGCAUUCAUGACUGCUGGGUUGCAGAUUGCAUCUGCGGGUGGUGAUGGUCUCGUUAAGGUUUGGACGAUUAAGAGUGGCGAGUGUGCGACUACGCUUGAUAACCAUGACGAGAAGGUUUGGUCGCUUGCUGUUCGCAAUGAUGACCAUGUUCUCGUGUCUGGCGGUGCAGACUCUCGGGUUAACCUCUGGGAAGACGUUUCUGAGAUCGAGCGUGAAGAGGAUGCGAAGAAGGCAGAGGAGUUGGUCGAGAAGGAGCAGACCCUCGCCAACUACCUCCACCGCAAGGAUUGGCGGAAUGCUAUCGUCAUGGCCAUGUCUCUCGACCAACCUCACCGUCUCUUGAACUUGUUCAAGAACGUGCAUGAGUCAAGAGGUGUCGAUGCACCAGAGGCUGACAAGCAGAGUAUCACCGGCUUGGCUGCUGUUGACGACGUCCUUGCGUCCUUGGCAGAGGAGCAAGUUGGUACCCUCAUGAUCCGUAUCCGCGAUUGGAACACAAAUGCACGUACUGCACCUGUCGCUCAGCGUAUCUUGCACGUCUUGCUGCAGUCAUACCCACCUGAGACCUUCCUCAAGAUCGACGGUAUCAAGGGUGCGUUGGAUGCUUUGGUGCCGUAUUCUGAGAGACAUUAUGGGCGCAUUGGUGAGUUGAUGAAGGACUCGUAUAUUGUUGAGUUUACAUUGAGAGGAAUGGAGGAUGUCCUUGGUUUGCAAGAGGACGAGGAGGAGCAGACGAAUGGGACUGCUAUGGAGGUUGAUGCCUGA